AAAGCUAAUCUUCAAAAAGAAGUGAGAAAUAUUAUCAGAAAGUGAUAUUUGAUUUUCUGCGAAUGCUAAAUACUUAUUACCCAUGCUUACAAGAGACUGAGAUAAAAUAAGGAUGUGAAUAUUUGAAAACUAGACUGAUCCCUCAAAAUUAAGUCAUUUCAGAAAUGGAAGCAAUUGGCCAGUAUAUCUUGACAACGAAAAUUGCCUUAGCAACAGCAAUCAUCAGAAGUAAACCUGAUGGACUAACAGGUGCACAAUAUUGUGCCUCGCUCUGCUCAGCAUAUACACAGAAUACAGCAGCAGUGUUGUUAGAGAAGAACAAGCAACUGGAAGAGCAAGUGCUGUUCUUGAGGCAGAAACUACACAUAGAGCAAUCUGUUCUUCCACAUGGAGCAGAGCAGCCAGCAUCUCAACAGAAUGAGAACGAAGUAUUCUUAACUCCACCUUCUUCCUCUGAAGAACAAACAUCAGCAAAGCUGGAGCAACUCAAGCACAAAUUCUCACAUCAUGCCCAUUUCUUCAACAGUUUGACACCAAUUCUUCAAAUAUCCGCCAAUACAAAUAAUCAUACAUCAUUAGAGAUCAUCAAAGAAACUGCAGAAUCUACUAUUGAAGCUUUGAAAGAAACUAUUCGAGAGAAAAUUGUGUCUACUCAUGUGGAAAAUGCAAUGAAGAAAGCUGCAAAGGCUCUUGGGCUGCUUUGUGAUGGGAAUGUGAAAGUCUUUCAAAUCAUAAGAUCUGAUAUAGAGGAGCUUGUGGCAACACUCAUCAACCAAAUAAUGUCAGAUGAGGACUUGAACAAUAUGGACAAACAACAUUCAAAGAGUCACCUCCUGGUAACAUUGGGAACUUGUUCAAGUCUCAAAUUCAUCAUUCUGGAAGUCACUCUCAAAGCAGUUAUUAAAGCUACUACUACACUGCAAAAAUCAACUAAGCAUAGCCUAGACCCAGUGUUGCAUGACAAUCUAUAUUAUCUGCUAUGGAGCAUGGAGGAGAUUCUCCAAGCAGAGUGCAUGGCUAGCCUCAAGGAGAGAGUAUUAGUUGCUAUUGAGCGGAGGCAGAUUGUUGAUCAUUUAGAAGAGGCCAUGCUACACCUUACCAACAACUAUCCCCUGGUUACCAUGUAUAUUAUGAAGUUAAUUCACAUGUUAGAAUUUCUCCAACAAACUGAAAAGUGAAUGAAAUGUGAACUCUCAGAGUGAGGCUAAAUCAGAUAUCUAAGAGGCAUUUUGGCCCUGGUUUGUCCAAUAUUAUUUCUAAGGUCACAUUACCAAAAGUACUUAAAAUUCAUGCAUGAUAAUACUGAAAUAAAGAAAAUGAAUAUUAAUGCUGAUACAUGCUACUUUAAAUUAACAUGCCUUUGGGUAUAGCAUUGAAACAGUUGUUUUUAAAAAAUGAAAUAUUCUGAUCAAAGGACAUGUAAUUAAAAGUUAUCUGGAUUGAUUGGCAAACCAUACAAACAUAUGCUUUACCAUGUAUACA